AUGGAAACUCAACAACAGCAAUUGCCAUACCGAGGAGCUCCUUUCCCUUCAAAAUGGCGUCGAAAUCAUCCGCGAUCUAAAAAUGGCUGCUUAAUUUGCCGAUCAAAACGUAAGAAGUGUGAUGAAGCAAAGCCAGUCUGCGGAGGUUGUGUUCGCACCAAACAAGAGUGUGUCUGGCCCACUCCAAACGGAGACCAAGCAGAUAGACAGCUCGGCUCGCAUACUGAGGGUGUCUUGGAAAGCCACUUUUCUCAGCUCGAUCCUAGUGCCUGCAUGGUUCUAGCAGUUUCAGAAGGCACCACUCCGUCCUUUUCCUUACGGGUGGCGCCUACAUAUGGAAACCUGGCCUAUCUAAGCGACGAUUCGAAACCACUUUAUCAGCAGUACCUGGAUAUCACGGCCGAAAUGCUUACACGCGGACCGAGCGAAUGUGGAAACCCUUUUGUCAACUAUCUACUUCCAUUGGCUUUCAGCAACGAGCUUGUUAUGGAUUGUGUACUUGCUAUUGGAGGAGGCCAUCUCUUGGUCAACAACUCGAAAGCUCGGGGUUUGGAAGUAGCCACACGCGGACACUAUGCAAAGGUCUUGACCGGUCUGCAGACCUUACUAUCUUAUGAGAUAGGUCAGGUGACUCCCGGCAUGGUUGAACAGACGACAUCAACUAGAACGUCUCAAAUCUUGUUGAUUCUGCAACUGCUCUGUAUAUACGAUCACAUCCAAGGCAACACACGAGGUGCAAUCUAUCUCCACUUUAAAGCGAGUCGCGAGUACAUCACUACGCUCACAUCCUCAUGUCAACCCUAUGAUGAGCUUGCAUACCUACGAGGAUUCCUCUUGGAGAUGUACACAUACCACUCAAUGAAACUAGCACUCUCCCCCCGAAACAUGCUUCGUCAAGAACAUGUCGAGAUCGAUCCCUCUGUACAUUCACUCGAAAUUCUUGAUGGAUACAAGUCAAGAGGGUUUCUCCUCGGUUUUGGGCAAUCAUUAUUCGAGAUGAUACCUCAGAUCCACCAACUAGUCGAAGCGCGUCGAGAAGAAGAAAAGCUAGGACUAGGAGAGUCUGCGACCCUGAGAAAGCAAUACGACUAUCUCGUAGCAAAGCUGGAUGCAUUCGACCCAAGUGUAGAAGAUCUCGAUAGUCUUCUUCCCACUCAGGACCGCCCUAGUGCAACGCUGAUCUACCAGAAUGCUCUCAUCGUAUAUCUGCACUCUGCCUUUUGCACGAAUAUGCUUUCAGACGUCAGUUUGUCAAUUGAUAUCGAUGAGAGAAUCAACAAGACGAUGCCUGCUUUCAUAACUCUUUUUCUUGGAGACUCACCUUAUCGCCGUAUGCUUCUCUGGCCUGGCGUUAUCAUGGCUUCUUGUGCGCAGCGUGAGCAGCAUCUUAGGGUUUUCCGAGCGGGAUUGGUUGGUAGAGCCGAGCGUACGCCUGGCGCUGUCAAGACAGGAGCAAGGAUAGUAGAAUUACUCUGGAACGAUCCAGAUCCACGAGCCUUUGGACCAAGAGGAUUAUCAUAUAUCAUAACAAAACACGAUAUCAGUUUUGGGCUGUGCUAG